UAUGUCAAGAUUAACUCACCUAUAUCAACGCUAAUUCGUUGCGAGAACCAUCUCUUCUUAGCUAUCGCUGAAGUCAUUGAUCUCACCUAUCAAGGGAAGCAUGUGUCAGAGUUGGCUGUCGCAAUGCUCACUGAUAAAACAACACUCGUCUCUUACCAACUCCUUUACCUCGUACCGACCACUUCUGACGAUGGCCCCGAGUUAAAGCACGAUUGGAAGUGGUCAUACAAGAGAGGAGCAUCACAUCACCGCAUUCCUGGAAGACUGGUGCAUCCCAUAAACCCGGAUAUCUCAACGUCCACACGAGGAAAGCCAUUCUACGUCUUUGAGAGUGCGAUUCUGCGGGCCCUUGGGAUGUCGACGCUCGAUGAACUUCCUGAAGAUGGGCAGCUCUUGCCAGAGAUGGUCGCAUCUCCUGGCUUCCCUUACCUUCAUGCGGGUCAAGCUUGUUUUGUCUGCGAACAAGACGGAAAGGAGCGUGAGGUCAUCGAUGCUGCUAUGUGCACAUACUGUCAACCGAGUGUCCCUCUCGACAAAUCAGCACCACGGGUCUUGGAGCACAUUGGUGCGCACGUUUUGUUUGAUAGCAACGUUGACAAUGACCUCGAGCCAUGUGGACUGUGUCUACGACCAUCACCAAUAUGUACAUGGUAUUUGCGCAGGAGUAAAGGAACGGGCUACCAGGUUGAUUGGAAAAAGUCAACAUGCACGAACAGGAUUCGGUUUAAUUACAACGUUGCCGCCGCAUCCUCCAACACUAGUCCCUGCUCGAACAUUCCCAUCCAAUGUCAGCACUGUCCCGACAAGUCUCCCGCAGUGUGGUCCUACAACAUGGUCGUUCAUAUAAAAAAUAAGCAUCCCCAUGUUCAGCCGUCGAGCUACAAAGGGGCACAUGAAACUGAUGAGUUCGAGAAAGGAUUGAUGAAGAAUAUCUGGACUAACCGGCACAAGCGCAAGGAGGAGCGAAAAACUCAAGGCGGACGUCGUCUUGUAAUCUCUGAGGUGCAUAGCUCGCGGCUGACUCUAGCGUAAGUCAUAUACAUUUAGUAUCUUGGCCUUCAUUUGAUUUAUUUGCGAUAUAUAGUGACACAGUUGAUGGAGACGCCGAAACAGAACACGACGAUAAUCAGGAUGACCAGCUUGAUCCUG